AUGGCGCCCAAAACCAGCAGGGGCAAGGGAGUGGCCAAGGAUGCCGGGGAGAGGGAGGCGCCGGAGAGUGAGUUGGCGGCACGGUGGACGCAGCUCGCCUUCUUUCCGUCGACGGUCGACGCGAUCCACCUCCGGGAUUACUUCAAGCCCCUGUGGGGGUGUAAGACAAAGGGGCACCCUGCCACGCGCAUCAUCCCCGUCGGUUUCGCCGAGGCCGGCCCGAAUCGGGACAUGGAGACGCUGGCACAGAGGGUGGCGAAAAGGGCCAGGGUCUCGACGGGCGGCCAGCCCCCGGCGGGCUCCUCGAGAGAAGAACGGCAGCAGGAGGAGCCACCGAGGGCCACCCCCAACAUGCCUCCCCUCUCGACUACGCCGCCCCGAGGGGAGUCCCCGGCAAGGGCAUCCACCGCCGAGCCCACGCCCAUGGAGGAGGAGGAGACAAACUUGGGUGCCGGUGGUCCCACCCCGGCAACGAACGUUGGCAGGGAGGGCGCCACCUCUUUCCAGCCUGGUGCAGGCACUUCCUCGGCAGACCAGGAGAACAUCGAUACCGUCAUCGAGGAGGUCACCAGGGAUGCUGAGGCUGAGGCCAACAAGAUCGCCACCGAGGAGGCCGCCAAGUCCACUGAUGAGGACGCCGCCAAGGGGCCUGCCGACAAGGCCGCUACGAAGGAGGCCGGCAAGGACGUUGCCGAGGAGGGGGCGGUCUACGACCAACCUUCCUCCUCAGCCGCCUCCGGCUCGGGCAAAUACCUAAAGGUGAGCGACGACCUGUUCGUCCUCCUCCCAGGGGCGGUUGCCCAGGACCUGCUGGCCGAGCGCAAGCUGGAGCUUGUCAUGAAGCAGGCCGACAUCGAGAAGGCUCAAGAGACGGCGAGCGAACAGGCCACCAAGGACGAGGCCGCUCGGCACCAACACCAGGCCGUGUUGAACUCCCAGGAGGAGGACCUUGCCACUCAUGAGGAGAAGCUCGCCGCGACACUCCGUGGCAAGGAUGAGGAGAAAACAACGAAAAAAGGGUGGGCCAAAUCAUACCUUGUGGGCAUUUCAUCAAACACCUUGUGCGCAUCGGCCAGCGCUUCGGUCGGCGCCGCAUCCGCCACACGCCCUGCAAGCUUCUUCUUCGGCCGCCUAGAAGAGCCGUCCGCCGCAUUGUUGUUCUUCCCGGACACCUUGCCCGCCUUCACCGCCACUGCAUUUGGUCGCCGGGAGAGGGGGCCCCGUGGCUUCACGGCGGGCGCCGGCGCCACGCCACUCGCCAAGGUCGGCCGUGGCGCCAUGAAAAGGCCACGCUCGAGACCGAUGCUUGGAGGAGGGGCGACGGCGGCGAAGCCGAAGCUCAACCACGUGCUAGGAUUUGCGCCGCCUGUGGCGGCCGCGGCGGAGGGGUCGCGGGCGUAG